AUGUUCAGACUAAGCACUAGGCUAGCCGUCGCGGCUGUCACGAUUCUAGCGACUGGUGUGACUUUAGUUUCAGCAGAGUGCACUCGUGAAGGACUACUGGCUGCAGCAAAUAGUUACAUUGUUGCUCAAACCAGCGGAAGUAUCGAUGGGCUCAAGUUAUCUGCCGCCAACUUUACCUACCAGCAGAACAAUAAGGUCUCGGACAUCAAGACUGGUGUGCUAAGCCAACCAUUGAAGAUAGACCUUAACAGAUCUACAGCAGACACGGUAGCUUGUGCGAGCUAUACGAUGUUGAUCUCGACGACCGGUUCUAAGCCAUACGUGAUCUCGACACAGAUUCGGCAUCAGGACAAUGACACUAGCUCAAUCGCUUUGAUCGACACCAUCGCAGCAACGACGGGCGCGCUAUUCUUCAACGCCCAGAAGACGCUAGGAUACAUCCAACAGGAGAACUGGGGAACGCUCGAGGAGGGGCAAAGAGUUGGUAGGGAGGAACUCAAGCGCGUGGGGGACGCGUAUUUGGACAUGUGGACAGAUGCUAAGGCCGCCGACUCCAUUCCGUGGGGCACGGACUGCGAGCGUGUCGAGGGGUCUCAGCUAACACGGCCUUGUGGAUCGACGCUCCCUCACGGCGGAAGCCAGAAGCCGAACGGCAACCGGCGAUACGUGAUUGAUGAGACUAUGGGGUCCGUGGACGUUCUUUGCUCCUUCGAUUCACUUGGGAAUAUGCCGGAUUCUCACGAGGUUCGGCUAGAAGGUGGUAAAGUCAAAUAUGUUCAUACUGUUACAGUUUUGCAGUGA